AUCUUCCUUCGGUUUUCAACUGAAAAUCAAACCACCUUCCAAAUCUGAAUUCUAAGUUGAGAAGAAAAAAUGAAACUUUUCGCGAAAUGAGUAAAACUUCAGAGACGAAAUCAUGAGGAAGAUAGUUUAUCCGUAUCGGAGUGUGCUUCAUUGAUUGUUGAGGAUGUGUACUUAAUCGAAUCCACCAACAGAUGACGGAGACGAAGCAAUUCGUCGUCGUGGUUGAAGGCACUGCCGCUUUGGGUCCUCACUGGCGCACCAUUGUCACCGAUUAUCUCGAGAAAAUCAUCAGAUCUUUAUGUGGUGAUGGAGAUAAGAAUCCAGAUAGUCCUACUGUUGAAAUGGCUCUUGUAAAUUUCAAUGCUCAUGGAUCUUACAGUGCAUGCUUGAUACAAAGAAGUGGCUGGACAAAAAACAUGAACAUGUUUCUGGAAUGGUUAUCAGCUAUUAACUUCAGUGGUGGUGGUUUUUGUGAUGCUGCAAUUGCAGAAGGACUUGCUGAAGUUCUAAUGAUGUUUCCUUCUUUACAUGGGAUUCAAAAUCAUCAAAGGCAUUGUAUCCUUGUUGCUGCAAGUAAUCCAUAUCCACUUCCUACACCAAUUUACAUACCACCAGAUUAUAUUGAGAUGCAAUCAGAUAGCCCUUUAUCUGAUGCUGAAACAGUUGCUCAAUAUUUCAAAAAGUGUUUAGUUUCCCUUUCAGUUAUAUGUCCAAGACAGCUUUCAAAAGUUAGAGCAAUCUACAAUGCAGCAAAAAGGAACCCUUCAGAAUCCGAUCCUACUAUUGAUAUUAUGAGGAAUCCACAUUAUCUAGUUCUUAUUUCAGAAAGUUUUAUGGAGGCUCGUGAUGCUUUAACUCAACCAGAAAUUACAAAUUUGCCCUCGAAUCAAACCCCUACAGAAACAGAUGUUACUCCAGUUUCAGGGCCACCUCAAACUACAUCAACGAAUGAUAAUCUGCAAAAUUCAAAUCCUGUUGCUAAUGUUACAAUUACGGAAAAACCCCUGAAUGGAAAUCCCACGUCAUCUGGGGAAGCUGAGUCAGCAACAUUACCAGGGACUUCAAGUACAACAAUGCCUACAUCUGGAAUGGACUUUACUGAGGUAAAUGACAGCGUGGCAAUUACUGUGGGCCCCACACAACAAACAUCAAGUGCACUUCAAUCAGAUUCAUCGAGUUUAUAUGCAAAACUAUGGGAGGGAGACUUAACUGUUGAAAGCCAAGGGAACUCUGUCUUUAUUACCAAAUUACAAGGAUACAGGAAUCCCAAAACUUCUGAGUUGAUUGCAAAAGAUUGGCCAUUGACAAUGCAAAUAGAUACGCUUAUACCUGAAGAAGAAAUGAUAAAUACUUGCAGGAAAUUCACUGGAAAUGUAGAUUAUAUUGUUUUCCGAGCAUUGAAUGAGCAUUCAACUUUUCUUGGACGAUUACAAGAGAAGAAGCUCUGUAUGGUGAUAAAGUUACCAUCACAGGCACUGUUGUUGUGUGUAACAGCUGAUAGAAUAAAUCGGUUGGUAGGAAUGGCUUUACCUCAGGAAAUGGUGAAAUAUGAAAAGUAGGAGGAGGGAAAAUGCAAUUAGAGUAUUGGAAAGGGACACAAAGUAUGACUUUUGUAAAGUGAAAGGUUUAAAACAAAAUGUUUGUGCAGUGGUAGAGUUGUAUGUUGUUCAUAUUGUGCAGUGUUGAUGACUGUUUUGAGAUUGAUGUUGUUGAUAUAGCAAUCUCAUGCAUGUUCAUAUUUUGGU